GCGCGCCACUCGCGGCGGGCGCUGCUGCUGCUUCCUCUCUGGGUCAAGCCGGGCGAGGAGAGCUUCUUAGAGCCCCGCGGAGCUUCCAGAGCCGAGGAGACUGAGCGCACCUUGGCCCGGCGAGCCGCCCCCUUUGCAACCAGGCUUCGCCCCAUGGCUUAGCAGCACCGCUCUGCGCCGCCGAGCUUCCUUCGGGACGGAGCACCAGCCAGCUCGCUCCCCUCACCAGCCAUGAGCGGAGGGCAAAUUCAUAAUCCAUAUGGAUUAAACCCAGUAAAUGUUGAUGAGCAAAACAGCAAGAAGACCGGCAGACUGGAAGGGGACAGCCGCCAACCUGUCAAGAAGGGCCGGCGGCUAAGCUGGAAGCAUGGAAGAAAGGAAUAAGGAGAAGGUGAACCAAGCCCAUGUCCUUUUUGACCGAUUUGUUCAGGCUUCAACCUGCAAAGGGACUCUCAAAGCCUUCCAGGACCUUUGUGAUUAUCUAGAAUUGAAGCCCAAAGACUACCGUACUUUCUACCACAAGCUCAAAUCCAAGCUUAAUUACUGGAAAGCCAAAGCCCUUUGGGCCAAGUUGGAUAAGAGAGGCUGCCACAAAGACUUCAAGAAGGGGAAAGUAUGCGCCAACACAAAGUGUCUCAUCAUCGGGGCUGGACCUUGUGGCCUUCGAACAGCCAUCGACCUCUCCUUUCUCGGGGCAAAGGUGGUGGUAGUGGAAAAGCGUGAUGCCUUCUCCCGCAACAAUGUUCUGCACCUGUGGCCAUUUACGAUCCAUGACUUGCGAGGCCUUGGCGCCAAAAAAUUCUAUGGCAAAUUCUGUGCAGGAGCCAUCGACCAUAUCAGUAUUCGUCAGCUUCAGUUGAUACUCUUGAAAGUCGCCUUAAUCCUCGGGGUUGAAAUCCAUGUCAAUGUGGAAUUUCAGGGGCUUGUCUACCCUCCUGAGGACCAGGAGAAUGAGAGGAUAGGUUGGCGUGCCCAAGUUCACCCAAAAACUCAUCCGGUGUCAGAAUAUGAGUUCGAUGUGAUCAUUGGAGGAGAUGGAAGGCGCAACACUUUGGAAGGUUUUCGCCGAAAAGAGUUUCGUGGCAAGCUGGCUAUUGCCAUCACAGCAAACUUCAUCAACCGCAAUACCACAGCGGAAGCCAAAGUUGAAGAGAUCAGUGGUGUGGCCUUCAUAUUUAACCAGAAAUUUUUCCAGGAUCUGCGAGAAGCUACAGGCAUUGAUCUGGAGAAUAUUGUCUACUACAAAGAUGACACCCACUAUUUUGUCAUGACCGCCAAAAAGCAGAGCUUACUGGAUAAAGGAGUAAUAUUACAUGACUACACAGACACGGAACUACUGCUUUCUCGGGAGAAUGUAGAUCAGGAGGCUCUGCUCAACUAUGCCAGGGAAGCAGCUGAUUUUUCAACUAAUCAGCAGCUGCCAUCGCUGGACUUCGCCAUUAACCACUAUGGGCAACCUGAUGUGGCCAUGUUUGACUUCACAUGCAUGUAUGCCUCAGAGAAUGCGGCCAUGGUUCGGGAAGUGAACGGCCACCAGUUGCUCGUGGCAUUGGUGGGAGAUAGUUUGCUAGAGCCAUUCUGGCCAAUGGGAACUGGAAUAGCCAGGGGCUUUCUUGCUGCCAUGGACUCUGCUUGGAUGGUACGAAGCUGGUCGUUGGGAGCGAGCCCUUUGGAGGUUCUUGCAGAAAGAGAGAGUAUCUACAGGUUGCUGCCGCAGACCACCCCAGAGAAUGUGAGCAAAAAUUUCAGCCAGUAUAGCAUCGAUCCCGCCACGCGGUAUCCAAAUAUCAGUGUCAACUUCCUGCGACCAAGUCAGGUACGCCAUUUGUAUGAUACAGGAGACUUGAAAGAUAUUCACCUAGAAAUAGAAAAUAUGGUGAAUUCGAGGACACCAAAGUUGUCACGAAAUGAAUCGGUGGCUCGAUCUAGCAAACUCCUGGGCUGGUGUCAGAGGCAGACGGACGGAUAUGCUGGUGUGAAUGUAACAGAUCUUACAAUGUCUUGGAAGAGUGGCUUAGCGCUGUGCGCCAUUAUCCAUCGAUAUCGCCCUGAUCUAAUAGACUUUGACUCUCUAGAUGAACACAAUGUAGAAAAGAAUAAUCAGCUGGCAUUUGACAUUGCCGAGAAAGAGUUUGGAAUCUCUCCAAUCAUGACUGGCAAAGAAAUGGCGUCGGUUGGGGAACCAGAUAAGCUGUCCAUGGUCAUGUAUCUCACCCAGUUCUAUGAGAUGUUCAAGGACUCAUUGCCUUCCAACGAUAAUCUGGAAUUAAAUGCAGAAGAAAAAGCUGCAUUAAUUGCUAGUACAAAAUCUCCAAUCUCUUUCUUCAGCAAAUUGGGACAGAGCAUCUCCCGGAAACGGACACCAAAGGAUAAAAAGGAGAAGGAUUUGGAUGGGGCAGGAAAGAGAAGGAAAACAAGCCAGUCAGAAGAUGAGGACACUUCUCGAAGUUACCGAGAGGAGAGGCCUACUCUGGUGAGUGCACUGACAGAGAGAAGAAUUGAUGCCACCAUUGGGAAUCAGAACAAAGUGAAGUCCAUGGCAACACAGCUGCUAGCCAAAUUUGAAGAGAAUGCCCCUGUGCAGUCCACAGGCUUCAGGAGACAGUCUACCCUGCCUUAUCAAGACCGUGCUCUCAGCCAUCCAGCCUACCGUCAGCGAGAGCAGGGGCGCCUUGUCCCAGUACCUCAGUGGAAACAGAUGAGGAAAAAGGAGCGUUCUCGGACCUGUCCCAAAAAAGUGAUCAUGCUCUCUUCUUCCUCCAUUUGUACUACCUCUCCAUCGUACCCCAGCCAUCAGACAAUCAGGAAUCUUCAGGCAGACCAUGCUGGAGAACAGAGUCUCAAUCAGCAAAGGAGAUUUCAGCAGUUUUCUUCAGAUGACCGUGUGCCAGAGCGCACGCUUACAAUUGAGCAGAGGGCAAGCCAGCUGGCGGCCCUCCUGGAGCAAAGGCCAGCAACCAGGCAUCAGCCAGAGACCGAGCGAUCUCGUCGACCUGUUGUUGAACAGUGGGAGCUCUCCCGUAGCCUCCGCUCUUCCAGCCGCCCUUCUUCUCCCUCGUCUGACUCCCUCAGACAGAAGUAUAUAAAGAUGUAUACAGGUGGCGUGAGCUCAUUGGCUGAACAGAUAGCCAAUCAGCUUCAAAGGAAAGACCAGCCUAAAACCCUUCUAGACAAAAAGGAACUGGGUUCAUUAAAAAAGGAAUUCCCCCCAAACUUGGGAGGCAGUGAUGUCUGUUUCUUCUGCCACAAGCGUGUCUAUGUGAUGGAACGACUGAGCGCCGAAGGCAAGUUCUUCCACCGCAGCUGCUUCAAAUGUGAAUACUGUGCCACCACUCUGCGUUUAUCAUCAUAUGCCUAUGACCUGGUGGACGGAAAAUUCUACUGCAAACCUCACUACUGUUACAGACUUUCGGGUUAUGCACAGAGGAAAAGACCAGCAGUCGGUCCUUUAUCAGGAAAGGAUAAUAAAGGGACCCAGCAGGAAACCAUGGCGGCUGAUGGUGCAGGACGUGCAAACUCCAUCUCAUCAUCAUCAGAGCGGACUCCAGCUCCUAAUGUCAAUGGCCUUGAGGAACCUAGUCUUGCCAAAAGACUGCGUGGGACACCAGAGCGGAUUGAAUUAGAGAACUACCGACUCUCGGUACAACGGGAGGAAGAGCUGGAGGAGGUCCCUGAGGAGACUUUGGCAGAGCACAACUUAAGCAGCGUGCUAGACAAAGGAACAGAAGAAGAUGUGCCUAGCAGUAGUUCAGAAUCUGAGAUGGAGGAAGAGGAGGAGGAGGAGGAGGAGGAGGAAGAGCAGCCGCAGCAGCCUACCUCUGACCUGGGGGGUGUACCUUGGAAAGAAGCUGUGCGAAUACAUGCCAUGCUAAAGGGCAAGAGUGAGGAGUUGGAAGCAGAGAGAAACCAUGAUGAAGAGGAGGAGGAGGAGGAGGAGGGAGAAGAGGAAGAAGAGGAGGAGGAGGAGGAAGGAGAGGAAGAGGUUUCUAGUGAAGAGGGAGAGUAUUACCCUUGGGAGAGUGAACUUCAGCAAGGCCUCUGGCUUGAACGUCUUUCACAUGAAGAGGACACGGGUACAUUUAAAGCUGGAAAUCUGAGGCUGCAGCAGAUAGUAAAUCCGGUUGAUCCCCUGGAGAUCUUGGCAGAUGUGCAUUGGACACACAUCCGUCAGAAAGAGGAGGAGGAAAAAGUGGGCCCUACGUCUGUGUCCUCCACCUCCAGAGCCUCCGAUCUUCCCUCCACCAAACGCCAUGAUGCAGUGCAGGCGUGGCUGGAUGCCGCCCCUGGAGCACUAUGUGAGGAGAAUGACUACGAAGAUGAGGUGGGCACCGAGCCUGCAGAAGCUUUUGAAGAUGGAGAUACGGGUGCAGAACUAGACGAUGAUGACAUCCCAUCUGAUGCAGAAGCCGAGUGCCGCCUCCAAGAAGCAACCGAAGAGCUGCAGCUAAGAGUCUCUGAAGACAAGGAAGAGGAGGCACAGACAGCUCCUCCUAGCAUUGAAAGACCAGAAGAUCCCUGUGAGCCUUGUAUUACAGUGGAGUCACCCUAUGAGAAGGCUGUCACUCUUUCUCCCACUGAAGACCACAAGGAAGAAGAAAAAGAAGACUCCAAAGAAUCUCCUGCAACCAUGCCCUGCCAGGAGAUCUCCUCAGAUACCCGCUUUUUCCCCGAGCCAUUCCUUCCAGAAGAAGAGAAACAGGACAAGAUUCUUGAUGAUCCAAAAAUCAAGAGCCCACCUGCACCACUCUCUCCAGUUAGGUCUCAGCCGGUAGCCCUGCCUGAGGCCAUCAUGCCAACAUCACCUAUGAAAUUGCAACCAGCAACACCCACGACACCUACAUCUCCACCUGCUCUCCCUCGUCCUAUUUGUUCACAGCCUUUGCCCUCGGCUGAAGCAUCCAUUCCCUCUCCAGGGGAGCCAGCGGUUUGUUUCCAACCGGUCCCUGCCUUAACCUCCACUCCUUUAGCCAAACUUGCCCUAAAAAGUCAAGAGGCAGAGGUGGAAAAAUUGGGAAGCCCUACCACAGCAGAGGAAGCUUUGAAAAGGAAUAAUCUGGUGGAGGAGUUUUGGAUGAAGAGUGCUGAAAUCCGAAGGAGUUUGGGUCUCAGCCCUGUCAACAGGAGCAGAGGAUCAGAUCCAAGCUUCACCAUCUCACCUCUUGAGUCUGCUCCUCUGAAAUCCUACAGCCCUGAGGGGAUUCCAGAAGAGAAGGGCAUCCACCUUGUAAAGCCCCAGCCAGGCCCGAGGAAGCCAGUCACCCCAAAGCUAGACAACGAGCAGUUUUCCUUACUGACACCAAAGUCCCCAUCGGAGAGGGAGUUGAAAAACUCAGGCGAUGUUAAGAGGGACUUAUCAAGCAGUUCUGGACUGGGUCUUCAGGGCAGUUCAUCCAAUAUGAGGACAUUGGCCAGCCAGAGUUUUAACACUUCUGAUUCCACCAUGCUCACUCCCCCAUCCAGCCCUCCUCCUCCACCGCCUCAGAAUGAAGAGCCAGCAACACUGCGAAGAAAAAGACAUCAGGCAACUUGGCAGAAUGAAUUAGAAUCCAGGCCAGCUUCUAUGCAAACGCCUCAUCCUGUGCCAGCAAAUCCACAAAUGCGCCCACACAAAGAGGCCUCUUCACAGCCUCCUAGAGAGGAGGUGAGGAAGUCUUUUGUGGAGAGCGUGGCUGAGAUACCAUUUGCGGAUGACGUGGAGGACACUUACGACGAGAGGACAGAGGACACGAGCUUUCAUGAAAAAUACUACACGCCCCCAAGCAAGCCAAGGCCGGAGAAACCUUUCCACCUGCAUUUGGUCAAAGAAAAUGGUGGGCCUCCAUCCAUGGAGGGCGCAAACCCGCAAAAGAGAAUCCUCCCUCAGGUCUCUGCAGAAGCUAAAGAAUUAGCUGAGGAGAGGAUGAGGGCCAGAGAAAAGUCUGUCAAGAGCCAGGCCUUGCGCGAUGCGAUGGCAAAGCAGCUCUGCAAGAUGAAAGACUUGGAGGUGACGAGUGCAGCUGGAGCAGGUAAACUGCGUAAAGCGUCUACUGUCCCCUCGAAGGCCAAAGACCCCUUCUUCGAAUCCCCAAGGCAUUUGGCUAUGAAAGCUGGCGAAGGCCCUACGCUGAAACACGAGGAUGGUGGCGACAGGUUCUUCUCACCCUUUGCAGACAUCGGUGGCCAUGAUGGGUCAGUCACGUCCUCGGAAGGUUCUGGAGGGAAGAGCAAAAAAAGAACUUCUCUCUUUUCCCCUCGUAAGAACAAAAAGGAGAAGAAGUCAAAGAAUGACAGCAAGUUAUCUGACAAAUCAAGCAGUGCGGCCGAGGAAGCCACCAAGCCCAAAUCAUUGUGGAAGUCUGUAUUUUCAGGUUAUAAGAAAGAUAAGAAGAAGAAAAAUACAGAAGACAAAUCCUGCCCUAGUACGCCCUCCAGCGGAGCCACAGUGGAUUCUGGGAAACAUAAGGCAUCCCCGCUCAUUAGAGCAGCAGAUUUGCAGCUGCGUCGACACUUAAGCUUCUCUGAAGACUCUGAUCUUUCGAACGAUGACGUCUUGGAACGUUCAUCUCAGAGAUCCAAACGAGAGUCGAUUUAUGUACCACACGCCUUGGCAUUCAAGAGAUCAUACGCAUCAAAGAAAGCGUACACAGAGGAUGAGCUCAAUGCCAAACUGACCAAGCGGGUGCAGAAAGCUGCUCGCCGUCAAGCCAAGCAGGAGGAGCUGAAGAGGCUACAUAGGGCCCAGAUUAUCCAACGGCAGCUAGAGCAAGUAGAAGAAAAGCAAAGGCAGCUGGAGGAGAGGGGAGUUGCUGUCGAAAAAGCUCUUAGGGGCGAAGCAGUUGAGCCCAAUGCCGGGACACCACGCCGUAGACCUCUCUCCUUCUGCCCUUGCUGUGCCCACGAAGGCAUGGGGAAGAAGGAUGAUCCGAAGCUGAUGCAGGAGUGGUUCAAGCUGGUGCAGGAGAAGAAUGCCUUAGUGCGCUAUGAGUCGGAGCUGAUGAUAUUUGCUCGAGAGUUGGAGCUGGAAGACCGGCAAAGCCGGCUACAGCAAGAGCUUCGGGAGAGGAUGGCAGUGGAGGAUCACCUAAAGACAGAUGAAGAACUGGCAGAAGAGAAGAAGAUCUUGAAUGAAAUGCUGGAGGUGGUGGAGCAGAGAGAUUCUCUUGUGGCUCUCCUUGAAGAGCAGCGGCUCCGAGAGAAGGAAGAAGACAAGGACCUGGAGGCCGUCAUGCUGUCCAAGGGAUUCAACUUGAACUGGUCUUGAGCUUUGCGCCACACUCGACUGCUGAUCUGUGUUGUCCAAUUGGCAUAUGCCAAGUUGGCUGGAGCUGCCUGGAUGGAGGAGACAUCUUGGUGCAGACAUCUCACGAGGGUUCUCACUGCAUCUGAAUGCUUGUUCCAGCAGCUUCUUUCUAACGGGGGUUGGGUCUGAAGGUGCUGAGUCCUGUGUAGGAUUUGCAAACCCAAAUCUGAAGUGGUGGUGGAGGUUGCGUGCCUUCCUCAAGGACCUAUGCAAGAGGCCAUUGAGUUUUUGUGACCUCUGAGAGAGACUAAAAAUGAGAGGGAAAUGUUUUGUUGUUUAAAAAAGAAUAACAAACCCAGGUGGGCCGUAGCUUGUCUCUUUCACUUUUAUUGAGUUAGUGGUGUUCUUGUUUGUUUAAAUAUGAGGAGAGAACUGGGUCCUCUCUUCCGAAAUGCAGCAGCCCUUGGGAGAGCAAACCCCUCACUCCUCCAGAACACACUGUGUUCCAUGUGUUGAAGUUCUCCUCACCAAAGAAGCCUGAAGCUGCCAUUGUUGUCUGGGCAUGGAGGAGACAGAGAGGACUAGAAACUUAGAAGGCUAACUGGCUCGAAAUAACUCCCCCUUGUACUUUCCACAAAUGACACAGUCCUGGGCCAAGCUUGCUUUCUUCACUGCAGCCUCCAUAUGUUGCCAUUGUCCUGAGAGGGGGACAGACAUGUGAGCCCUUCCUUCCCUGCCAUACCAUGCUCUGGACUGAAAGGGGCUGUUUUCUUUCUCUGCUGACUUGAGACUUCACUUGAUUAUGAACUUUGUGCUCAUUUUGACACUGGAACGUGUGGAUUAUGAACAUGGGUUAAUAAUGAAACAUUUCAAGGGAGCUCUUGGAGAAUAAGCCCCGACUUCAACUCAUCCCCCACCCCCAUGGACCUCAAGAACUGUUUGUAUGUGUUUUUUGUUCUUGUUGGGGUGGAGAGGAAUCACAUUGUCUUUUUUGCACGUUGGAAAUGAAGCAAAACCUGGCCCUUUAGUCACUUUAGAAUCUUUAAUGUCCAUUAACUUAUUUUUUUAAUACUUGAAAACAGAUUUGGUUUUGUACAUUUUUAAGAAAUGAACAGCUGUGCGAGUGGUGAAUCUGUGUGCCUGCUUCGUUCCCCAACCUUUGUGUUUGUCCUUGUUUUUAAUUUGUUGGUUUCCCAUCCCCUGCAUCUAUUUAUUAGAGUUAUUAAUGGUGUUACUGUUACACACUACAUGUUGAUCUGAUUUUUUGCUUCUUCAGCUUUUCAGUUGCAGAUGAUUGGUUCAAUUUUGGACUUGGCCCCACACCACACUGAAAGAUCUCUCGUGAUGGACUCCGACAUCCCCACUCGGAAAGAGGACUCAGAAACUGAGAGCAACGAAGACAAAUUUAUUUUGUGCACUCCAAAAUCUCUCUGUCUGUUCUGUGAAACUAGACAAACUGUGCUUAUUUUAACUACUAGCGUAAAAUUUCUGUUGCUAGAAUGGCAACAUUGCUUUUCACCCUCUAUAAAGAGCAGUCCAUUCUGGCACGAUUCACGCUGUUUCCAAGGGAAAAAUUAGCACAAGUCUUACUGCUUCUGAUCAAAGGCACCACCUGGUUGGCCCAGGAAUUGAGGCCUUUUCCCAGUGCAACAACAAAAAUAUCAUUUUUUAUUGUUAGCCGCCCAGAGUAGACUUGGGUCUAGAUGGGUGGGGUAUAAAUGUAAUAAAUAAAUCAAAAUAAAUUAAAAAGGACAUAACACAGAAUUAACUCUUGCCCAUCACCAGCUGAGAAGUUACCAUAAGCACACAAUGUCCUGUACCAUAUCUUUCUCAAAGGUGCCAGCCUACAUGUUAUAGGCCUUUCCAAUCUUUUUUUAAUCUCCUCUCAGCUUUUUUUAAAAUAGAUGUUCUUUAUUUUUAUCUCUGUGUUUUUGUUCAUUUUUUUUAUUUUAAAUUAAAAGGAAUUGGCAGUUCAGUGUAUCAGAAGAGUGGUGACCACUCAGAACGAGUCCUUUGUUGCACCUUCAGUUGCUAGAUUUAUUGUGAACUGUCCAGACUAAUGCUGUGGCACUAACGAGAGUGGCAUAUUAAAUUGAAAUAAGAAAGAAAGAAAGAAGUUCCUGUAGUGUAGAAAAAAAAGUAUUUCAGCAGUUUCUGCAUCUCCAAACAUUGCAAUAAUGUGAAGGGAAAGGAUACAUAUUCUGACACUAUCUGUCCUGCCCAGUUAUUGAAAUUAUAGCAUCUUUGUUGGUUUGACAAGUGGAGGAGAGUUUGGGUUAGUACUUCCUGUCUCUUGCUGGCAGCAGUCAUCUCUGAGCAGCAGUGUACUACUUCCUGAAGGCAGCCUUAAUUUUCACUUCUUUUGGAAAUUACAGAACUAGAAGCAGAAAUUAUUCUAUAGCUUUUUUUUUAGUGUUGACAGAGGCCUUUCUUUCCAUGGAAGUCCUCAGGGUUGGAGUGGUAUACACUGAACUCUCAAGGGAGUAUUACGGCAGCUCUGUGUUAGCCUAGAAAUUAAGAUCUGUAGGAGACUGAACUGGUAUAGUUUCAAAGCAUAUGUUUUCCCUUUCAGCUAGCAAAAACCUGUGAGCAUCUUAAUUCUGCUCAGAAUAGAAUGGCCAGAUAUAAAAAGUGGCUGUUGAUAUUUGUAGAAAAGCGGGAGACUGAACUUCAAGCAUACACCCGAAAUUCCCUUUUCUUCACAACUGGGAAAGGUACAGGAGCCUUGUCAUCCUCUGCAUCUUGCCACCCUGGUUGAAGGAGCUGUGGGCUAGGUUUCUGCAAGGACUUUACAUGCAACUAUGCACAUAGCCUAAUGAAAUGAGAAGAGCAGAGUCGGAAGCCUCUCUUGCACAGCAGAUUGGAAAGCCUUGUCUGUAGAUGGCUGUUCUGUGUCUUUCAUAAGACCCUGGCAAAGAGUGCUCAGUAGGUUCAGCAUUUUUUUUCAUUCCAGUGCUGUGGCAGGAAAACCUAAAGUAUCCCAUCUCACCUCUUCAAUGUAUCCUUGGCCUUUGCCUCUUCAAGAUUUCAGGCAAAACCUAACAUAAUAUAAAAUGAAAAUAUAGAAAACCCCAGUGUUCAUACUCACCGGCUCUGUUAUGUACUGAGGAAAAAUUAUGUUCCAUUCCUGUACAACUGUUAUUUAUUUAAAAAUUAGAUCCAAUAAGUAGUUCUUGAGAAUUCAUAAAUGGCAGAUGUGGCUGCAUUUUUCUAUAUCGAAGCUAGGAAGUAGAACAGUGAGGUAAUAUACCAAAGAAAGGUAUUCCCCCUUCUUUAAGGUAUCAGACACUCAGUAACUACACAGGAAUUUCCCAAAUUUGUAGGAAGAAUAUAAAGCUAAAUAUAGUAGACAAAGAAAAACGUUAGUAAUGUUCAGAAAGAUUUCUGUUUUUUUUUCAAGGAGGCAAAACGGUGCUUGCUUUAAAUAUUUUAAGUAAAUUUCUCUAAUUAGUUCUGAAAAUUGAUACACACUAUAUCAAUUUGAUACCUAAUAUAUCCAGAGAUCUUGAAAUGUCAUAUCAAUAAUUUAAAUAAUUGUUUCACUCAAAACUUAUCUUUUUCUAACCACUGGUAGUAAAAAGGGAAAAUUAUAUUUCCUAAUACUCCUUGUUAACACCUUUUAUCUGAAUACUGUACAAGGUUGUAACAUACUGCAACCACAGUUCUUUUGCUCCAUAAUUUGUUUCCCAACUGAUAUUUGACGAGGAAGAUGUUACCUUCAGGAACUAAAAAUGCAGCUUCAGUAUCCCAUAAGCUUCAGAUCAAAUCAUACUUAAAAUUAUGUAUGGCUUUGCAGCCCCCUAGAAUCAAUACGCUAAACUGCAUGUUCUUUGUAAUUUUCCUCAUUAAAUCCAGAUGAAUGACACAGUUCUAUCUAAGGUUCUUCCACUGCUAAAUUUCCUUUCAUAGAAAAUAUCAACAACAACAUAAAUUUGUGUUUCUGAGUGUGAAGUAUAGAACCAAAGAAACUCCCAGUAUCUUAUGUCUUAGCUAUUAUGGCUGUUCUAUAGACAGUAUUGCUAAAAGCAAGCAAUGAACUAUAUUUAAAUAAUCAAAUAAUUGUAUGUUUCCAUUAUUUAAUUUAGUCAAUACAAAAUCCUCUCCAGUGAUUUGCAACAUUUCUCUUAGUAUCCUUCCAGCACAGAAUAGCAGGGUCCCCGUUGUCACUCAGCCUGGAUCAAAACAAUGGGAAUUGAUAAUUUUGUCCUGGCCCUAUAUGUGAUGUCAAAAACAAACAGAGGCAAUUAAAGUUUGAAAGAUAACAUCUAGCUACAAGACUCACAUAUAAGACCCAAUCACACAAAAACACUAAUACUCUAGCUACCUGCUUACCAUAUUCUAGCUUCUGUAUGACUGUCUUCAGGCUAGCCAACUUAUAGAACUGACUACUUCAAUAUUCUAGUUCCACCCCAGCACUUCAAAACCUGUAUUCUAAAUUCAAUGUCUUCUACGUCACUUCUUUAUCUGGCUAUUCUGGUAACCAAAUUUGGCCUGUGUUGCAUGCGUAAGAAGGUGGAAAGCUCUCCUGGCAAUCUAAAAUGUCAACAAUCCAAAUUCGGUAGCUAUUACAGUAAACGAAAAUGUAUAUUUCCAUAGCUUUCUGAAACCUUUUGAUUUCUUGGGCCUUUCAUGCCUCAUUUGUUUCAUCCAGUGGUUGGCACAAACUUGUUUUUACCCUGAAAUGUUUGCAGGGUUGGGCACCAUAACUGUGAAGGCAUUCAGACCAUAAUGUACAGAGUGAUCCUGAAUGGCAAUGCUGUCUGGCAGAAGAUUGCACAGAACUUCUAGUCUCCUGAAGUAUAUUUUAUGUGGGGCAAUGUUGGUAUUGCUUCAGGUGCUAGCUAGAGUGGAAUAUUGUUUCAGAAUUGAUGGCAAAGGUUUAUUCCUGCAUGCUACUUGUUGAAUAGUGAGAGACUGGGAAGGUUCUGCUGAAUAGUGAAAGAGUGGCAGAUGUGCUCUGUACCUGGGAAGAGAGUAAGCAAACUUUCUGUGCUCGUUGGUUGUUCUGAGAUUAAAUUGGAUUCCACUCCCCCUUUUUUCUGGAGGCCAUUACAGAGAUAAGAUUACUGUGAGCUCCUAGCAUUUAGUGAGAAGAGAUAAAGAUAGCUUCAGUUAUCUGAUGGAAGCUUAGGCAGCAUCUUUCAUGCCUCUGAGGUCCAAUAGGAAGGAGUUGUAGUAAAAGGCUGAGAACUGGAAAUAAGUUCCUCUUCUUUAGAAUGGAGCUGGUCAGCUACAGCUGCAGUUGCUAUAAUUUGAUGUCAACUUUUGUGACUUGAAAAUGACAAAGUGUGGUUUAUAUUGGACUUAACAACUGGAUGCCCUCCAGAUGUGUUCAGUUGCGCCUUCCAGUUCAGUGGCUGGGAGAUUUUGGGAAUUGCAGCACACUCUGGUAGGGGAGAUACAAAGAGGUAGCGAAGUCUAAUUUAUCAUCAAUCAUUUUUACUGUUCUUUAAAUAAUUACAGUUCAGUUGAGAAUAUAUAUCAUACUGUGUAGCAGCAGUAAUCUGGCUAAAUUCUUUGUAUUUUUGUAUGUCCUUUUAUCACUGUAAAAAAGUGUUACAUGCACACAGCCUGAAGUAAGUCAUAUUUCCUUCCCAAACUCCUUAUAACUUUUUGGGGAAUGUGGAGAACAAUCUUGCUGAGAACAUAAACGGGAAGUGUAUUUCAGCACACUACAAAAUUCUCUCCAACUAAAGCUGCAUUUGGCCUGCUAACUUUGUUUGGGCACCCCCAUCACAGUACAAUUACAGAUAGAACUAGCUUUCUAAAGCCAACGGAGGUAUCGGAUUGAUUAUAUUUGCUCUCCCCACAUUUUUAGUAUUUCUUGUAAUAUUUUGUGUUCACCAUGCUCACUUUUGCAGUCUAUUUGUUUUCAUUUCAGUGUCCAGCCCUCUUUUUAGGAUUUGGUGCUAAUUGAGAAGUAACAAGCACACUUGUGGCACCCUUUGUGGGUUUUUAAUGUGUGUGUGUGUGUGUGUGUGUGUAUUUUUAAACAGAGCAAAUCCAGAUCAAGAGCAUUUUUUGAGCAGCCACAAUAAUAUCUCAGUUUGCAUGAUGUUCUAUUGCAAUCUUUAUUAAGGCAAGAAAAAAAAGGAAGGAAAAAAAGGCAACCCCCAACUUGACAUUCUCCUUUAGUUUGGAUUAAGAACAUAUGUUUAAGUGGAUGUUUACGCUUUGACUGUGGGACAACAUUGUGUAUAAAAAAGUUUUCCAACAUUGUGUAUAAAAAAGAAAAAGUACCGAAAAUGCUAUACGUUGGGAAUGUUGUUGUUUGCAAUAAAAAAAAUUCACAGAACAGCUUGUUUGGUAUUAAGAGAGGGGAAAGGGAAUUGGGGGGAUUAUAUUCUGAUGGUAUUGCAGUAAAUUAAUUUUGUUUUACAAUAUAGAAGUAUGUAUUUUAAAUCCAGUCGAGCUGAAGGGAUUUAAUGUUGU